AUGGAGGGCCUCUUCUUUAAUGUGAAUGGCGGAUUCGUCGAGGGCAUUGUUCGAGGAUAUCGGAACAGCCUUCUGACCGGCCAGAACUACUCCAACUUGACACAAUGCGAGACCAUUGACGAUGUGAAGCUGCAGCUUGGCCCGGCUUAUGGCGACUUUCUUGCCUCUCUUCCCCCGAACCCCUCCACCUCCGCCCUCGCAGGCAAGAUGACCGACAAGCUGGUCUCCGAGUUCCGAUACCUCGUCGCACAGUCCGUCGGCUCAACUGCCAAGUUCCUUGAGUACUUGACGUAUGGCUACAUGAUCGACAACAUCGCCCUCCUGAUUACCGGUACCCUGCACGAGCGAGACACACGGGAACUCCUGGAGCGAUGCCACCCGCUGGGUUGGUUCGAGACGCUGCCGGUGUUGUGUGUCGCAACCAACAUCGAGGAGCUGUACAACUCGGUGCUCAUCGAAACCCCCCUCGCUCCGUACUUCAAGGGCAGCCUGAGCCACCAUGAUUUGGAUGAAUUGAACAUUGAGAUUGUGCGCAACACUCUGUACAAGAACUAUCUGGAGGACUUCUACAACUUUGUGCAAACCCACCCAGACUUCUCUGGCCCGACCCAGGAGAUCAUGUCAGAGAUCUUGCAAUUCGAGGCCGAUCGCCGCGCUAUCAACAUUACCCUCAACUCCUUCGGCACUGAGCUUUCCAAGCAGGAGCGGAGGAAGCUCUAUCCCGAAUUCGGCAACCUCUAUCCCGAGGGUAGCUUGAUGCUCUCCCGUGCCGAAGAUGUCGAGGGUGUUGCCUUGGCUGUCAGUGCUGUCUCCGAUUACAAGAGCUUCUUUGACGCCGUAGGCCUGAGCCAAGGUGGUGGCGGCCUCGGUGGAAUGGGCGGAGGCCCUGCCGAUGGUAAGAGUCUGGAGGAUCUCUUCUACCAGAAGGAGAUGGAGAUGUCCAAGUUUGUGUUCACCCGACAAUUCACCCCGGCGGUGGUCUACGCGUGGAUGAAGCUUAAGGAGCAGGAAAUCCGCAACGUAACCUGGAUCUCGGAGUGUAUUGCCCAGAACCAGAAGGAGAGAAUUGGAAACUUCAUUUCCGUUUUCUAA